GGGCCGCCCGGCGGCGCCGCCUCCGUGGUCCCGAAAUCGCGGAAAUUCGCCCCGGAACCGGCGCCCCACGCGCAGAGCCGCAGCGGGCGGGCGACGGGGACAUGGCGGCAGGCAGGCAGGCAGCCCAGGGCGCUGCCGGCGGCGGCCGCCCGCGCACGGAGAGGCCGCAGUGACGCCUCGCCGCCCCGAGGCCGCGGGGAUGGACGCGGGGCGCGCUGCCGGCCGGGACAGCGCCGAGGGAGGAAGAGGAGGAGUGCGUGACUUCGUGUCUGCCCUUCCUCCCGAGAUCAGCUCCCGGAUUUUCAGCGGGCUGGAUGUGGAGAGCUUGUGCCACGCGUCCGUGACGUGCAAGGGCUGGCACCGCGUCAUCGAGAGCAACGAGCGGCUGUGGCGGCACCACUGCCUGGCCGUGCGCGCCGUCUGCCAGCGGGAGAUCGACUGCGACCGAGGGAACGGCUUCUCCUGGAAGAUUACACUGUUGAGAAACUACUGGAAAAGCAAAGUGAAGCAAGAAUGGCUUAGUGGGAAAUACAGCAACAUUCCUUCUCAAUUCAGUUUGCCAGAGAAAAGCAUGUAUCCAAUGGACGUCGACACGUGGGGAGAGAUCUUGGAAGCAGAACUUGAGAGAUGAUAAACCAGUGCUGAUUCUUGCAACUCAGACAAUUUUUGCCAAUAGCAGCCACGCUGUUCAGCAGUCGUGAAACUGAUUUUGAACUGAUUAUGAAUUUAUGAUGAAAACUUCUGCAAAAAAAAAUUAUGGGUGUCUUUUUUUAAUUUGCAUUUUACUGUAUUAAUUUUAUGCAAAAUUCUAAAGACAACUAAAUCUUCAAUUGUAAUUUAUAUUUAUAAAUUUAAUUUUCUGCUGCACUGUCAAAAAUAUGCUGAUUAUCAUUUCAGUUUGCACUUUUUGUUUUGGAAGAGAUGAUUUUUAUAUUAAAAAAA